UCUUCUUUAGUACUUUCCGUUUCUUUCUCUUACAAAUACAAGUAGACAUCAUUUAGUUUUCUUCACCUUCGAGCUCGAUCCGAUCGAGCUAGCUAGCUAGCAGCUAUCUCCCAUGGCUCCGGCUUCUUUCAACCAAAACUCAAAGACUGUUUGCGUAAUGGAUGCCUCCGGCCGCCUUGGCUCCGCCCUCGUGCAACACCUCUUGCAUAGAGGCUACACUGUCCACGCUGCUGUCCAAAACCAUGGUGAGUUGCAAUCUUUUGAAGAUCGUGAUCGGUUGUCUUGUGAGCAUAAGAAAUUAAAGGUUUUUCAUUCGGACCAUCUGGAGUACCACAGCAUAAUGGAUGCCUUGAAGGGAUGCUCCGGCUUGUUCUACACUUUUGAGCCUCCGCCGGACCAGCCCACCUAUGAUGAAUUCAUGGCAGAGGUGGAGAUUAGGGCAGCUCAUAAUGUGUUGGAGGCGUGCGCCCAAACAGACACCAUAGAAAAGGUUGUCUUUACGUCCUCCGUCACGGCUGUUAUCUGGAGAGACGGCCGUAAUACGAUGUCGUCUGAUUUUGAUGAGAGACAUUGGAGCGACAUAAAUCUCUGUAAAAAAUACAAGCUGUGGCAUGCUCUAUCGAAAACCCUAGCCGAGAAGACAGCAUGGGCCCUAGCCAUGGACCGAGGGGUGAACAUGGUGUCCAUAAACGGAGGGCUCUUGAUGGGUCCUGAUCUAACAAUCACAGACCCGUAUUUGAAAGGAGCGGCUGAGAUGUACACAGAUGGUGUAUUCGUUACUGUGGAUCUCAAGUUCAUCGUAGACGCGCACAUCUCCGUCUUUGAAGACGUAUCAUCUCACGGACGAUAUCUUUGCUUCAACCACGUCAUCGAUUGCAACAAAGAUGCCGUUAAGCUUGCCCACAUGUUACUGCCACCCUCUGAAGCUUCACCUCCUCAAAGUUUGGAGGAUACAAGAGUCUACCAACAGAGGAUAAGCAACAAAAAGCUUCAAAAAUUAACGGCGGAUUCGUGAUAGUGGACUAAUUGAUCUACAACCCCACCAUGCAAAUGUUAUCUCUCCACACGUAGGAACUACAAGAUCACCUCAAGGACGCCCUGGCAUCCGAGGGUUGCAAACCGACUAUAAAACCCUGUUCAAUAAGUUGAACAUUCUUCCUUUUUUUCUUUUUCUUUCGUUUUACAAAAAUUUUAUGCUCAAUCAGGUUCAUUUCAAUUUCAACCCCAAUCUCAUUAAAGCAGAAAGAUUAUGUAUUCCAA